AGAUAUUGUUUUGUUUUUUUGGAAAAAUGACAAUAUUUUGAAAGUCUUCGAAAAUAUAAAUAAAAUUUGUGAACUAAAAGUUUUAAUUAACUACUUGUUAGUUCUAAUACUAUCUACUUGUUAAUAUGUAUUACAAUUUUUAUAGAAAAUGAAUAAAAUGUGCAGAAUAUGUUUAGAAAGCAAAAGAAAUUUAUGUUCAAUUUUCGAGACCGAUCAGGGAUUAUCAUAUGCUUUAAUGAUUACAUUAAUUACUGGGAUCAAGGUAAUUAAAGAACAUAAUGAUGUAAUAUGCUUGUGCUGUCGCAGAAAACUUAGCAAUUUCUAUGAGUUUAAACUGCUUAUUGAAAGAUCUGAUCUAGAAUUAAAUAAACAUUCAAAGGUAUUUAAGUUUAACACAAUAGAUGAUAUCAAAGUGGAAUUCCUCCCCAAAAUAAAUAAUAAGGAGCCCAGUGAUGCUUCAGAUUACAAUUCAUUGUUUCAAAAUGAAAAUGAUUGUAUUUAUUACAAUAACACAUUGAUUAAAAGAUUGAAUGAAGAUGAAAAGAAAAAUAUACCAAUAGAAGACUUAUUGAACACAAUAAAGACUGAAGGUUUGGAAGAUAAUGAUUAUGAUGAUUAUUUAUUCGAUGCAAAAAAAGAUAAAGAAUAUAACAGUAAGAGAAAGAAGAAAAGACAGAAAACGUUUAAAAUUGACAAAACAUCAAGUGAAACUAAAGGACAGCCAUUUAAAGAUAUGAAAAAUAUUCCUAUCAAACCUAUUAUCUUAAACGAUGUUAGGUUGCUAAGAACUAGUACACAAUAUGGUUUAAAAAAAGAGAAAGCCAAGUGUUUAUCUAACAGGAAAGAUGCAUUAUGUCCCUUUUGUGGCAAGAUUUGUAAAAGUCUGAGAUCGCAUAUUUUGAUUCAUAUAGGUGAGAAGAAAUUCAAAUGUCACCAGUGUCCUAAAUCAUUUUACACCAAGACGACUCUGCAGUAUCACAUAAAUAAAUCGCAUUCAACAAUAAGCGAGACAUUCAAAUGUGAACAUUGUAUAUCAACAUUUUCUACAAAAGGAUCUGUUAUGAGGCAUAUGGCGGUACAUAUGGAGUACAAACAGUUUUCCUGUACAAUAUGCAAAAAAGAAUUUAAAUGGAAGGCUGCAAUGAAGCAGCAUAUGCUCAUUCACGACAUGGCGGCGAGAUCAAUUCCAUGCAAUAUGUGUAAUAUGCUGUUUACCAGCCAGAGCAACUUGAAAGCUCAUUCUAGAGUCCAUACCGGGGAACGUCCGUAUAAAUGUGAGCUUUGCUCACAACCAUACAGUUACAAACGCGACUUCAAUAGACACUGUUUCAAAAAACAUGGUAUAAUAAUAGACCGGAGGCAGGUUUACGUGAUGAACGACGAAGUACUGAAGCGAGAGAAGACUUUGAUGAAGGACUUGAUGUUAAGUUUGCACGGUAUACCGACGGCGAGCGAGCCCAUGGAUUCGUUCCAGGGACCGCAAAAGGCGCUGGCUUUCGCUAAAGCUGUCAAAGUCAUGCAAAAUGGUCAAAUACCAAUAGAUGUUCAUUUGUGAAAUGAAUACAUUGUGUUUUUAAUGUUAAUUUAUUGUAUAUUUGUUAUAAAAAUAAAUUUUAAUAUUUGUUAAAU